AUUACUGGAGGUGGUCGAAGGCAGGAGGCGAAGCCUAGGCAGCCAACCCUGCCACGAUGCUAGUGAAGAAGCAUGCAGCGAAAGGAGGGGGCCGUGAGCCCAGCUCCCAGGACACAAACACCGCUCCCCUACGCUGUGCCUGGCCCUGGCCCCCAUGCGCUACCUUGGCGGCUCUCCUGUCAGUGGUGGCCUUGAUGUCCUGUCUGUACCUGGGGGUGAAAACCAAGGAUCUCCAGGCGAGGAUCGCUGCUCUUGAAUCUGCCAAAGGAGACCCUUCCUUUCAUCUGCUGCCUGAUUCAUUGGAUCAACUUAAGGCAAUGGUGCAAGAGAAAGUGGAGGGACUUCUGGCUCAGAAAUCCUAUGAGCACAUGGCUAAAAUAAGAAUCGCAAGAGAGGCACCCUCCGAGUGCAACUGCCCAGCAGGCCCUCCAGGGAAACGAGGUAAGAGGGGCCGAAGAGGAGAAUCUGGUCCUCCUGGACAGCCUGGCCCUCAGGGCCCUCCUGGUCCAAAAGGUGAUAAGGGAGAACAAGGUGACCAGGGACCUCGGAUGGUGUUUCCUAAAAUCAAUCAUGGGUUUCUCUCUGCUGAUCAGCAGCUCAUUAAACGCCGCUUGAUUAAGGGUGAUCAAGGACAGGCGGGGCCCCCAGGACCUCCAGGCCCCCCAGGCCCCAGAGGGCCUCCUGGGGACACAGGGAAAGAUGGCCCCCGUGGAAUGCCAGGAGUUCCCGGUGAACCAGGGAAACCAGGGGAACAAGGCUUAAUGGGUCCUCUGGGUCCUCCAGGACAAAAGGGUUCUAUAGGACUACCAGGCAUCCCAGGGACGGAUGGACAAAAGGGGGAUCCUGGACUACCUGGAGCUGUAGGACAGAGUGGAAUACCAGGAUCAAAGGGAGAACCUGGAGAACGAGGAGAAAAGGGGGAUGCUGGAGAAAAUGGCCCCAAAGGUGACACAGGCAUAAAGGGUGACCCUGGAUCAUCUGCUGCAGGAAUUAAGGGAGAACCUGGAGAAUCUGGUCGUCCAGGGCAAAAGGGUGAACCAGGGCUUCCUGGGCUUCCUGGACUUCCGGGGAUAAAGGGAGAACCAGGCUUCAUUGGUCCUCAAGGAGAACCAGGCUUACCAGGCUUGCCAGGAACAAAAGGUGAACGUGGGGAGGCAGGGCCACCUGGAAUAGGGGAGCGAGGAGAGCCUGGAGUUCCUGGACCAAAGGGGAAGCAAGGUGAAUCAGGAACUAGAGGCCCAAAGGGGUCCAAGGGUGAUCGUGGAGACAAAGGUGACUCUGGAGCCCUGGGACCAAGGGGUCCACCCGGUCAAAAAGGGGAUCCAGGAGCCACUGAGAUCAUAGACUACAAUGGAAAUCUCCACGAAGCCUUGCAGAGGAUUACCACCUUAACUGUCACGGGUCCCCCUGGACCUCCUGGACCUCAAGGACUACAAGGGCCUAAGGGAGAGCCAGGGUCUCCAGGAAUCCCAGGAGCUGACGGAGAGCAGGGGUUCAAAGGCUCUAAAGGAGACAUGGGGGACCCAGGUAUGGCAGGUGAAAAAGGAGGAAUUGGACUUCCUGGACUGCCGGGUGCCAAUGGAAUGAAAGGAGAGAAAGGAGACUCCGGACUGCCGGGUCCCCAGGGUCCUUCCAUCAUAGGCCCACCAGGCCCACCAGGUCCCCAUGGCCCACCAGGCCCCAUGGGACCUCAUGGACUUCCUGGACCAAAGGGUACAGAUGGCCCUAUGGGACCUCACGGCCCUGCAGGUCCCAAAGGAGAAAGAGGUGAAAAAGGAGCAAUGGGAGAGCCAGGACCCAGAGGGCCCUACGGUCUGCCUGGGAAAGAUGGAGAGCCUGGUCUUGAUGGCUUCCCUGGUCCACGCGGUGAGAAGGGUGAUCUUGGAGAAAAGGGAGAAAAGGGAUUCCGUGGCGUUAAGGGGGAAAAAGGGGAGCCAGGCCAGCCUGGCCUGGAUGGGCUGGAUGCCCCUUGCCAAUUGGGACCAGAUGGAUUACCCAUGCCUGGCUGUUGGCAAAAGUGAUGAAUCUAACCUUCCGAGCAUGAAGUUGUGUAUAUAAUGAUCCACUUUUUAUAUUUAUAGUUACAAUCCAAAUGGCAGAUUUUACAAGUCUGAGAUAUGUUUACAU